UGGUUCGGUCCCAACAAGAAGUAUUUGUGUCACUGUAGGUCUGGCGGAUGUGACGAAAAAGGGGUGUGUCGUGAAGCUGGCGGAAGGUGUGCUAGGGGAUGGUUCGGGGAAGGUUGUCAGUACGGUAAGUUGAGAGCAAUGGAGUUUCUUUCAUAAAUCAUUCAAUUACAUCCUCACGUCGCCAUAAGACGAUGGAGUAGCAUAUCAACACAUACAUAGCUUACAAGGCAGAUCAAGAAAUAGGGGCAUUCUUGUCUGCUAAUCUCAUAGUUAUUAGUCUCGGCUGCACAUCUCACAGGAGAACCAUUACUUCUGGUUUACUUUGACGUUCUGUAAUGCUCUUUAUGUUGCACGGGCUUCUUUGCGAGCAUCUUCUGUCUGCGUGACUCUCUCGGACACUGCUAUUCGCAACAUUGUUUCACAUACAAAUUUACCAUCAGGUACGCACCACCGACCGCCACUCACUUUACUACGAUAUUGAAAGAGAGUAAUAGAUAUGGUAUGUGUUAUAUUUGGAUAAUUAUUCUAUAUCACAAACUUACUUUGUUUUUUUUGUGUUUUUUUUUGGUGUGUUUUUGUUUUUGUUGUUGUUGUCAUUGGCCUUUAGGAGACAUCUUGAUAAAUGCGCCCUUCAUCCUCACCGACUUUGAUGACAAAACUUGCAAGAGGAUCGUCAGCCAAGUCAAGUUCUACAUUUAUAAUCAGCAUUACGUCACUUGGAUCCGUGUCGUCUCUCAACAUCCUGGUAAUUGA